UAACGGGCCAGAUUCGUGCAGUCUCAUCCAUAACCGCAGAGGAUCAAAAUCCGCCGGAAACCAAAUUAGCGUCUUACCUAAGUGUGUCAUCAACUCACCGAGCAAAGCCAAAAAAAAAAAAAAAUUAAUAUCACCACUACUUGGCACUUUUAUUAUAAGUUCAUCACUCAGUAGUAGCAUCGUGACACAGAUCAACCAUGGCGGUGAUUUCCGUCGUGUCAUGGUUUUUGUUCAUUUUUCUAUCAGCCCAGAGUGGUUUAUGUUCAGUUCCGAGGGACAUUUUCGUUCUGGCGGGACAGAGCAACAUGGCUGGACGAGGUGGCGUUGUCGGGGGGAAAUGGGACGGCAAUGUCCCUCCGGAGUGCAGGCCCGGCCCGCGUAUUCUGAGGCUAAGUGCGGGCCUGAAGUGGGAGGAGGCCCGGGAGCCUCUGCAUGCGGACAUCGACGUGGCGAAGACAUGUGGCGUUGGGCCCGGGAUGGCUUUCGCGAAGGAGGUUGCGAAGGGUGGUGGUGGGCCUGGGUGGGUGGGCCUUGUCCCUUGCGCCGUGGGUGGGACCAAGAUUGGAGAGUGGAGUCGAGGGUCGAGGUUGUACAAUGAGUUGGUGCAACGCGCGGUGAGCGCAAUUGGGGAUGGUGGUGCACUCAGAGCGCUUGUUUGGUACCAAGGGGAGAGUGACACGGUGAGAGAAGAAGAUGCUGAGGCUUAUAAGGGUAGAAUGGAGAGGCUUAUUAUGGACCUUCGCUCAGAUCUUCACCUUCCCUCUCUACUUGUUAUACAGGUUGCACUUGCAUCAGGGGAAGGGAAAUUUAUAGAGAAGGUGAGGCUUGCUCAAAUGGGAAUAACAUUGCCUAACGUAAAGUGUGUAGAUGCUAAGGGACUGAGUCUGAAUCCAGAUAAACUUCACCUCACCACCAUGUCUCAGGUUCAUUUGGGUAUUCGAUUAGCACGUGCCUAUCUCGCUUCAACCAAUCACCAUUACCAAUUCAAUUGUAACAUGAAGAAUCAUACGCAAGUUUUAGCUAGCUGAGACUGCAUUUCUGUAUUGUAUAUUUGGCAACUCGUGAAGAAAGCGUGGCACCUCUUGAAAGCUACAUUAUGAGGAGGCUUCGGGGGUUUCUGAUUUCUGUAAUUAAUUGUCUCUUUUGGAUUACUACAUGGCUUAUAGACUUUACUAUGAACGUAUGAACAAAUAGUGUAACAUCCCUCUUAUAUCAUGCCUUACCAAUUCCAUUUUAUGAUAUUUUAUACAGUGAUAUUUUACUCGA